UUGCCACGGCCGCCGUUAGAACACUGUUUAAUUAGCUGCAGGAUUUUAGUCAGCUGAAAUCAAGAACCUCAUCUCAGAAGUAAGCAGGAGCCGCACACAACUCGCCUGACAGAUCAAGGUGGUGUUCCCUGGGGACUGGACUGUGUGCUCCGUUUCCACGAGGAGCAGAUGAGCUACCGAGGCCAGGAGGCCGAGGAGGGAAGCCUGAGGUCGGCUGCAGUGCCCUGGCACAGCCCCCUCUGCCUCCAUGCUGGAACAGUCGGUGCCAGAUUCAAGGUGACGGCAGUGCCUGGCUCCAUUCUCCUCAAGUUGCCAUAGCAGCCUCUCUCCUGAUGAGCAGCUCCUCCUGGAGCCCUCAGCCGGGAGGGACGUCAUUGUUCGCUCCUGCCCGUGAAGGAGGAAACUGACUGGAUGCAGAACUUUGCCGGGCAGAGCUCCACAUACCAAGUGGGUGCUCCCAUGGGUACAUGGGCAGACGCCUCCAGCUGCCUCCAGGGGGACGCGGGAGCGGGCCUGCACUGCCAGAGGAAGUCCUCUGGGCGACUGGAAGAAGCGUCCAGGCCUUCGAGCAGCCGCAGCCCAGCGUGUCCUUGGAGCUGUCCAUCUGUCCAUUCGUCCGCCUGCCGGUGCAUCGCCAGUGGAGACUGUGGCCUGAUGGAUACCUGGUGUGGAUGAUGAGGGAAGAACGUGCCUCCCACACCCAAGAGGUGGCCCCGGAGCAAGCCCCGGAUGACCCCACGAGCUGGAAGGAUGCGGCUGGCCUGCAUGUUCUCAUCCAUCCUGCUGUUUGGAGCCGCAGGCCUCCUCCUCUUCAUAAGCCUGCAGGACCCCACCGAGCUCGCCUCCCGGCAGGUGCCAGGAAUAAAGUUCAACAUCAGGCCACAGCAGCCAGACAAUGACCUCCCACCAGCCAUUCCUCAGGAUGGUGACUUGAAGGCACCCACAGGGAAGGCCACCCUAGACUUGUCCAGCCGGGCCCCGAGAGGCCCGCACCUGCUGGUGCCUGACCAGCCGCAAUCCCACCUAAACACGGGAGCGCGUCUGCGACCCCGGCAGCGCCGCCGGAGGCUGCUUAUCAAGAAAAUGGCAGCUGCAGGGGCUGUCCCGGCCAACAGCUCGGCACGUGCGUUUGUCAGGCCUGCACCGCGGGCCCUGGACGGCCACUGGGUCCGCCUGCACCAGAUCCAGCUGGAGCGCAAGCGGCUGAUGCGGGAGGCAUGCGCCAAGUACCGGGCGAGCAGCAGCCGCAGGGCGGUCACACCCCGCCACGUGUCCCGCAUCUUCGUGGAGGACCGCCACCGCGUGCUGUACUGCGAGGUGCCCAAGGCAGGCUGCUCUAACUGGAAGCGCGUGCUCAUGGUGCUGGCCGGGCUGGCCUCGUCCACCGCCGACAUCCAGCACAACACCGUGCACUACGGCAGCGCCCUCAGGCGGCUGGACACCUUCGACCGCCAGGGCAUCCUUCACCGCCUCGGCACUUACACCAAGAUGCUCUUUGUCCGCGAGCCCUUCGAGAGGCUGGUCUCUGCCUUCCGCGACAAGUUUGAGCACCCCAAUAGCUACUACCACCCCGUCUUCGGUAAGGCCAUCCUGGCCCGCUACCGGGCCAACGCCUCUCGGGAGGCCCUGCGGACAGGCUCGGGAGUGCGUUUCCCUGAGUUUGUCCAGUACCUGCUGGACGUGCACCGGCCCGUGGGCAUGGACAUACACUGGGACCACGUUGGCCGGCUCUGCAGCCCCUGCCUCAUCGACUAUGACUUCGUGGGCAAGUUUGAGAGCAUGGAGGAGGAUGCCAACUUCUUCCUGCGCCUCAUCCGCGCGCCACAGAACCUGACCUUCCCCCGGUUCAAGGACCGGCACUCAGAGGAGGCGCGGACCACGGCGCGGAUCACCCACGAAUACUUCGCCCAGCUCUCGGCCCUGCAGCGGCAGCGCACCUACGACUUCUACUACAUGGACUACUUGAUGUUCAACUACUCCAAGCCCUUUGCAGACCUAUACUGAGGGCGGCCUGCUGGUCGGAGCACAGAGAGGCACCCAGAGCCGCAGGGCUCUGAGGACGUGAGGAACUGCCAUUGCUGGGUGCCACAGGCCCUAGAUGGGGACCGAGGCCCAGCCCUUGAAUGAGGACCCUGACCUUUAUCCCAUACCCCUUCCACAUUCCAAUGCUGAGGAAGAUGCUGGGGGUGUGAGCUGGGACCCAAGAGUCCCGGCUACCCACACCCAGCCCAGCCAAGAGUCAGGUUGACCAGGGAAUUCUGAGGCCCAGAGGAGGAGGGCCCCAGCGGUUAGGGACUUCCCUUAGCCAUUGCCUUGUACCAAACUACACAGUUUGCAGCUUUUCUACAACCCAGGGGGAGGGUCCAAAUAAAGCACAUGGUUUC